GAUCCGGGUGAUUAUUACAUGACAACGGUUUAAUCAAAACGACCAAUCAGAGAUCUAAGGAACGGACAACCAAAUAGAGUUGCCACGAGAACAGUAAAGUAUAAGAAAAGCGAGAAUGGAAAACCCAACGGGUGGAAAAUGUCAGUAAACACACAAAACCGCGCUUUGAACGAGCUAUCUCAAAUAUAGCGACGAGAGUGGCGCAAGCUAAGUGCGGGGUGGUGUGAAAAAGCAGUUUUUUUUUUGCAUCCGUGCGUUACGUGUGAAUCGUGAUGAGUGUUUCGAGGGGCUGUAUUUUCGCCGGGAUAUAAUCUCGUGCAACCCCCCCCGAUUGCGAUAUCUGCCUUAUAUUAUGUAAAUUUCCUUUUCAUGGCCUCGGCUAUUGUUAGCCAUGUGCAAGUAGAAUAAAUGAAGCAUGCAGUCAAAGCGCGUGGCGACUGCUAUGUCAGAAAUUUCACGGAGCAGUCGAAACUCUCGAUGAAUGCAGCUUUCGCUAAGCUUACAUUUUAUAACCCAAAAGUAUAACGAUUCAGUUGCGAGCAAAAUUUGGAAAUAUUCCACUUGGCAAGCCAGCACCAGCCGGCGAGGAUAACGCAAUGAAUGGAAACUACUUUGAGCUUAGCGCGAUGUGAUUGGUUACGCUCCACUGCUCCUAGCGAUCUGAUUGGCUGUGCAGGUCAUUAAUUCGGGAUUUACCCCAUAGUACUAACACCUGAGCCGAAGUUUGCGCGUGGCUUGUUCGCAGUAUCUUAGAUUAGCAUUUGUUCCACACUCGUGCACGAACACGGUCACAUCUCGACGAAAACUCCAACAGUCACUCAGCUCAAAUUGAUCUUAAUCACUAGUCGUGGGACAUCAGUAGAAUAGCGUCCGUCUACGCAUUUGUGCGUCCUGCAGAAGUCGUAGUGCCUACACCAGUUGCAUCUUGCGCUCAGCAUUUCGCUUUCAAGACUGGUCUCUCUUACCAUGGUUCUGCAGGAUCGAGGAAGGCUGUUUUGCGAGUCAGCCGAAGUAUGUUCCUGCCAGAGACGUGAUAAACUAUACUGUGCAUUGACUUCCGGCGACUUCGCGUUUUCUGAUCUGAAAGUCGGCAAGCUCCUCGGUAGCGGGGGGUUUGGUUCGGUGUACGAGGCGAGCUAUCGUGGUGAACGAAUGGCCUUGAAAAGGCUACACAAAGAAACGAAAAACGAGCGUGCAGCAAGAGAAAGCUUUGAGGCCGAGACUUCUGCACUGAACUUUGCACAUCCAAAUAUCGUGCGUACAUUCACACUGUUUACCAUUCAAGACACGAACUGCGUUCUUAUGGAGUACGCAGGCGAUCGCAAUUUACUGAACGUUAUCUAUGACCCUUCAGAGGCGCUUACAAACGAGCGCAGGACAAAAUUUGCGGUGGAUAUCGCAAGAGGUCUGGACUAUGCACACGCUAAAGGAAUUGCACAUUUGGACUUGAAACCGGGCAAUGUCUUAGUAGGAGCUAACGAUCAUUGCAAACUCGCAGACUUUGGCUGCUGUCAGGCUAUUGAGGAGAAUCACAAGCCAGCGAGUCCGACUAAGUCCAACCUGACCGGGACGUACGCUUACAGGGCACCUGAGCUAUUACGAGGGGAGACACCUAGUACGAAGGCGGACAUCUAUUCGUAUGGCAUUUGUCUGUGGCAGAUGCUUACCCGAGAAAGACCUUACGGCAACGAAAAUCAACAUGUUGUUAUCUUCGGCGUUGUAGCAUAUCAACUUAGACCGAGGAUAGCACGAGAUAUGAGCGAUGAUGAUGGACAGUAUGUUUGUCUUGUUCAGCAAUGCUGGGAGGCUGACCAUAGACUAAGACCAGCGACUGGAGAUAUCUUGAUACGUCUCUACCAGUCUCAAGGAUUUCAAGUUGAAUGCAAAGACUUGUCCAGCUCAUCACGGCGGUGUCGUGCGCGCAAAAGCCUUAAUUUAUGCUGCUCUUGACCAAAGAGCUUCCUUUUUAUUUUCUGUAGAUUUUUAAAGAGAAAAUUAUGUUGAAAUGAUAUUAAUCGAAGGCAAAGACUUCUUAGGACUAUUAUUGUAAUUCUAGAUCACGGAAGCGUGAUAUGCGGAAAUCAUUUAUGUCAGGAGAGCAACAAGUGUAUACAUGUCAGGCAAUCCAGUUCCUGUUAUUUUUUUACGAUUUGCAUGUUAAUUUUACGGGAUUAGUUUUUUUUUUGGAAAUUCAUGCAUAAAUAAUUAGAAAAUAAACCAAGUUGUUCAUGUUA